GAAAUGCCACCACCAGGACGUGGAUACGGAGGACCACCGCCCAGGGGUCCCGGAAUCGCCUACGGACCGCCGCCCCCUCGCGUAAAUGUCGGCAUCAAUAUCGGCGGACCACCACGUCCUCCGCCAAUGGGCGUGGGCAUCGGAUUCGCACCGCCACCCAUUGUGAUUGGAGCACCACCGCCGCCGCCAGCCGUGAUUAUCGGAGCACCACCGCCGCCACCCGUGGUCAUGGUGCCGCCACCCAGACCCACCGUUGUGGUGGGCGCCCAGCCACCAGUGGCCACUGUAUAUGCCCAGCCCCAGGGAGAGGUUUUCUGCUGCACGAUUCUCUGAUGUCCGAUGAUUGAAAAUGGAAAAUAGGAAAUGGAAAACUGUGCUACAUAGUAUUAUUAACUACGUUUAUACACCCUAAGUUAUUAAAAUAAAAUAGUUUGGAUAUAAUUUAUAAAAAUGCAUUAAUUUU